AUGGCAAUGGAGACAAACAAGACUUCCAUCGACUUGUCUCGACAUGAUGAUUUGGAAAAACCAAAUGUCCACCAUGACGAAAUCAUAAAUUCAAUGAGCCCAAUUGAACAGAAACGACUCAUCAGACGCAUCGACACCCGUCUCGUCAUCACACUGGGCUUCCUCUACUGUAUCAGUCUACUAGACAGAACCAAUAUGGGCGCAGCAUCAGUUGCAGGCAUGCAGAAAGACCUGAACAUGAACGCAGCCAACAACGGCUACAGCAUCACGUCCCUAGUAUUCUUCAUAACAUACACAAUCUUCCAAAUCCCCGCCACGGCAAUAAUCCGCAAAAUCGGUCCCCGAAUCUUCAUCUCAACCAUCGUUCUGCUAUGGGGCGCUGUCAUGAUCGCCUUCGGAUUCGCUCCAAAUUGGCCCGUCAUGGCUGGCCUACGCCUUAUCCUCGGCGCUCUAGAGGCUGGAUUCUAUCCCGGAUGCAUCUUCCUACUCAGCACAUGGUACCCGCGCUACGAGCUGCAGAAACGAAACGCCGUCUUUUACCUAAUCGGAAGCAUGGCCUCAGGUCUUGGCGGGAUAUUAGCCUACGGCCUGAUGCAAAUGGACGGCCUUUCCGGACGAACAGGGUGGCAAUGGAUCUUCAUCGUAAGUCUCGCCUCGUCUCCAGCUCUCGGUCUUUUCUCUCAGUGCGCGGAGAUCCAGAAAAGUCCCCCCCAAUCCUGGAACUUCCUCACCAAAGCCGAAGCCAGCUUCAUAGUCGCACGCCUAGAAGCCGAUCGCGCAGACGUCUACUCCGAACCAUUCUCGCUAAAGUCCUAUCUAUCCAACGCAGCUGACGCCAAAGUUUGGGCAUACAGUCUGCUCUACCUCCUCACUACGGCGAAUACCUACUCUAUCGCGUUCUUCUUGCCGAUUAUUUUGCAGGGAAGUAUGGGGUUUUCGGUUGCCGAGGCGCAGUGUCUUGUUGCACCGCCGUAUGCGGCUGCUGCCCUGGUUAUGUUUUUUCAGGCGGUUUUUGCGGAUAAGUGGCGCAUUCGCGGGCCCAUUGUUGCUGUUAAUGCGGGGGUUGGGUUGGUUGGGCUGGCUCUGACGGGGUAUUUGGAGAGUCCGGGCCCGAGAUAUUUUGGUAUUUUUUUGGCUACUAUCGCUGGUGAUUUCAUUCCCCUCUAUGCGGGCGGUUGGUUUUCUAUAGGGUUUAUUGAGACUGACUUUUCUUUCCUAAUUAGGAAAUGCGAAUUGUCCGGCACUGGUAUCUUGGCAAAGGUAUUUUAUUUACUUCAAGAUCUAUCUUUGGAUCUGACCCGCAAAUCAACCCAUUCUCGACUCAUUACUGACAUUUCUCGCAGUAAUAAUAUCCGCGGUCAAUGGAAACGGGCUUUCACAUCGGCAACCCUCAUCGGCGGCGGAAGUAUAGGUGGAAUAUUCGGGACGACGGUAUUCCGAGCCCAAGACGCACCAAAUUAUCACCCCGGUCUCUUGGCAACUAUGUUGGCCAAUGCAGCGAUCAUCCUCAUCGUUGCUGCGAUGAGUUUCAAGUUCUCUCGAGCGAAUAAGCGGGCUGAAGGCGGCGGGAAGAUUAUCGAAGGGCUGGCCGGGUUUAGAUACACACUCUAG